AUGCCAGCCCCCGCGCCGUGGCCCGUGUCGCAGGACGUCGCCUCGCUCGCCGAUCGCGCCAGCGCCCUCUCCCGCGCCGCCGCCGGGCCCCGGAACCCCCUUGGGGCCCUCGCGGCGGCGCUCCUCCGGAUCCAGCCCGUAGCCCGCGAGCUCGAGCGCUGGAGGUGGCUCACGCCCGGCGAUCCCGAGCUGCCCGACCUGCACGCCUGGCUCUUCGAGCUCAGGGACGCGGUGGCCGACGCCGAGGACAUCCUAGACGAGCUCCACAGCCGGCGCCAGGUCGGCCCCGCGCUCUUGGCCUGCGUAUACGCCACGUUCCGUGGCCCCGGACGGAAGCUGAGGCGACUGGCGGAGAGGCUCGACCGCGCCCGCGACGAUUCGGAGCGGCUGCGACCCGGCAGGGCCAGCGCCGCGGCGGGAUGCGGUGUGCGGUCGCCGAACCGAGUAACCGGCUCCGUGCUCGCGGAGCGGAAGGUAUUCGGGCGUGGGGAGGAGUGCGACUCCAUAAUCGCCAGGCUCGUCGAUGAUUGCGAGGAAACAUGCCGUUCGGUUGCUCCGGUUGUUGCGGUGGUUGGCCAUGGAGGCAUCGGCAAGACCACGGUUGCUCAGUGCGUGUACAACGAUGCGAGAAUCGAAGCGCGGUUCGAUAUGAGAGCUUGGGUUUGCGUCUGGGAUAGAUCAGAUGAGGCCCAGCUCACCAGGGAGAUAUUACAGUCCAUUGGUUGUGCAGAUGAUACACUGUGCGAUGAUGGUCUGGCCAGUUUGGAUAGUUUGCAGGAGGAGCUUGAGAAAUUGGUUGCAUCUAAGAGGUUCCUCCUGGUACUUGAUGAUGUUUGGAUUGAUGAGGGUAAAACCGAGAAAGAGAAUAGGAGCAUGUGGAAGAAAGUGUUAAGAAGCAGUGAUUGUUGGUUGCUGUUGAAGGAAGUUGCUUUGGGUGGGCAACCCAUGGAUUUUCCACCUGAGUUGCAAGAGAUUAUAGGAGCUAUUGUUGCAAAUGUUAAGGGAUCACCUUUAGCUGCUAAAGCUAUUGGGCAAAUGAUAAGUAGCACCAGGAGCACAAGGAAAUGGAGAGCACUGAUGAACACAGAAAUUAGUGAUAAUAUCAUUAUCUCCUCCCUCCAACUCAGUUACCAACACUUGCCGAGUCACCUCCAGCGCUGCUUUGCGUAUUGCAGCAUAUUUCCAACGACCUGGAGGUUUAAUCGCUAUGAUUUGGUCAAAAUGUGGAUGGCUCUCGGUUUCAUUCAACCGCCAACAGAUGAAGGGAAAGGGAUGGAAGAUUUAGGGCAAAGGUACUUCGAUGAUCUCCUAUCACGUUCCUUCUUUGGGACUGCAAAUAAAGACCAGCAAACGAGUUACUUACUGGAUGACCUAAUGCACACUUUGGCGCAGCAUUUUUCUGCUCAUGAUUGCAUGAAAAUUAAUGAGGAUGUUCCUGUUGUGAUUCCACCAACAGUUCGUCACCUGUCUAUCUCAACUGAUUAUUUACCACAGCUGAAGAGCAAAUACAGGCUGGGAAGGCUGCGGACAUUGUUAGUUCUCAGAAGCCCAUCAUUAUCCUCAAGUCAUUUUCCUAGGAAACUUUUGGCCAAAUUUAAGAACUUGCGGGUCCUGGGUCUUAGUGAAUCUGAUAUUGCAGAAUUACCUGAAACUAUUAGCCAGUUGGUUCAUCUCCAUUACCUAGCUUUCAGUGGUAUAACGAACAAACUUCCCAAGAGUAUAUACAGGCUUAAACAACUUGAGGUGCGUGGUAUACCUAUAUUGUUGUUCCAUGAUAAUCAUCUUGGCCGUGUUAGUAAACUUGUUACAGUUAAACAUCCAAAACAUGCUGUGGAGUAA